CAACAAGCUCUCUCGCACAUCCGCCGCUUCCACCAUCGUCUCCUCCUCCCCACCGCACAACCGCAUCCCUCUGUCAACAGGAUAUUUCCUGAGACGGAAAUACGACGGGGGAAGGAAAAUGGCGCUCAUCCCAUCACAGAUCCUCAGAGUAGCGAUACUCCUCUCUUAUUUUUCCAUCCUCUGCAAUUACAAAGCCAUAGACAUGCCCGCGCAUCAAACAUACGGCGGUAGCUGGAAGUUUCUUACGUUCAUAGAUUUGGUCAUUCAGGCGGUGUUCUUUGGAGUGUGUGUCCUGACUGACCUCUCAAGCCUUUUGACAAAAGGCAGUGCCAGUAUGGAGCAAGAGAGACAGUUGAGGAAGCUGAUUAGCUUACGAGACUGGAUGAUGGCUGUUCUGGCCUUUCCCGUUGGUGCGUUUGUGGUCACUAUGUUCUGGACACUUUACGUGUAUGACAGAGAUUUGGUAUAUCCAAGACUCCUGGACAACUUUAUACCUCAGUGGCUAAACCAUGGCAUGCACACAACAGUUCUUCCUUUUAUCAUAAUUGAGAUGAGAACAACACACCAUCGAUAUCCCAGCAGGACCUGUGGACUCUUCGCGGUGUGCAUGUUUGCCGUGGGAUAUGUUGUGUGGAUGUGCUGGGUGCACAGCAUGACGGGGGUGUGGGUUUAUCCGUUGCUGGAGCACAUCGGGCCCAUGGCCAGAAUUCUCUUCUUCAUCUGCCUCACGGCUCUGAUCAGCGUCUACUACGUCUUGGGAGAAAUCCUGAACAACUACAUCUGGGAUUCCUCAAAGAGCACUCUGGAAUCAGAAAAGACCAAAACUGACUGAAGAAGACCACCACAAAUGUUACCCUGCCUUUUUUCUCUUCUUCUGAAUUCAAAUCAGUUGGACUUUGGAGUUCAAACCAAUAGUAUAUAUUUAUCUCAGUCUCCUCAGACAUUUAUCUCAUCCUCAUUACUGCCCUUAAUUUAAAAAAAAGCACAGACCUAUAUUGGCUUGAACAUGCAAUUGAAUAAUUCAUGUUUUUAUUUAAUAGUAUGAAUGUUGCAGUAUUUCAGAGAACCUCAAGCAUUGUGAGAGCAUUGAAUGAUCUGUACUGCACACAUGCUCUGUUUGUGUGUCCAAAGCCAGUUUAACAAACCACAUUACAUAUAUAUCUCACGUCAGGUAUUAUUUAUUUACAGAGGGAGGAUUUAUGAGGGAAUUUGUCUUUCUUUGCCUCUUUAAAACAAAUAAGCAACACCUUUAUAUACACAGUAACAUAUGGCAAACGAUAAUGAGCACAAGAGAAUUCACUUAGAUUAAUUGUUUAUGGGGUUUCCGAAGCCAUAAAUGUUUUUGAUUAAGAUGAGCAGAUAUUACCUGCACGAGAUCCAAACAUUGUCAGAAAACAAAACUGACCUUUCCCUACUCGGUAACACUUUAUAAGAAGCUCUCAUACGUUAACGUUAGCUAACACGAAUGCACAAUAUAGUUUUUAAAGCAUUUAGUAAAUACAAAUACAGUUGUUCAUUUAUUGUUUGUUAGUUCAUAGUACAUUCAAUUGUCAACAAGAAUUAAACUUUAAUUAAACUAAUGUAGUAAACUAAUGCUAACAAAUGAAACCUAAUUAUAAAGUGUUACCUAUUAUUUAAAUGUGUUUUUUAUCUUAAAGGGAUGUAAUGUUUCAUAUCUUAUGGAUAUGAUGAGCUUUUGUCGUUUAGUUCACUAAUAUGUUGUUGAUUUUUCUUCUUUUAUUAAUAAAGUUUUAAAUAUAUAGAUUUUUUAAUGUUCUUCCAAAGCUGUAGAGGAAGCCAGACAAGAGGAAAAGCGGAUUGAAACCUACAGUCUUCACUCAGCGAUUUUCUUAUGCUCGCACAUACACAGAUGCACCAUAAUUCUGUGGGAAAAGUAGAGCCAACGUUCAAUUACCAAGGAAAAAUUGUUGUACUUAUGAUUUAAUGUUUGUCCUAUAUUUUCUCUGGCCUUUUCCCCCUCGACUUUUAAGACACAGAUGUUGCCCAAACAUAACAAUUCCUUUGUGCAGAGCUGGACAUUCUUUUAAUGAGAAACACACACAUUUCAGGCCUGAGGAAAAGGAGAUCGCUCGACAAGGAAUUGCAAUCACCUUUCGAUGGACAAGUCCAAAUAACCAGGCCCCGUUGAACCUCAUCCCCUUAAAAGUCAAAUUUUCAACUUUAAGUCCAGAACGUGUGUCCCAAAUAGCAAAAGAAAAAGAAUUUGGUGCAACCCGAUAAAAGCAGAAUGAGGAGCAAUGCCUCUCGGGAUGUUUAAAGAAAACCGAUAGUGAGAAACUUUGUGUUAUCAUCAUAUCUAAAUUUUUCAGACAAGACUGUUCAAAUACUCUCCUGUUUCAUGCUUGCAACUCAUCAUGCAUUUUAUGUCAAAGGAAUGGUCAAAAAAAAAAAUAGAUGAAGAAUACCUUCCACACUGACUGGCAAUGGAAUUUCAUGAUGAUUCUCAUAUAUAUUUCACUUACAAUUUAGUUUCGGAGCGGUGUGUGUUCGGAGGCAUGUUGAGAGCGAGUGAAAGUGUGUGUGUGUGUGUGUUUAAAUUCUCUGUCAGAGCGUUAAUUUUAAAACGACACUUCAUAGUGUCCUCAUUAACACUGCCUCUCCUGCAUGCAGAAGUACCACAGUGAACAGUUUCCUGACGUGUAUUAACAAACUUUAAAAAAAAAAAAAUGUAAAUGAGGAGAGUACAGCAGAAUUUUGCAGUGUAAAUGGUGUGUGAGAUGCAUUUGAAGGAAAGCUCAGUGACAGAUAAACCA